UUCCAGAUGGUGUGAUGUCGGAUGCAACCAGCGAUGGAAUGGAAGGGAAGCAACAGGUGGAAGAACAUGAAUUGAGACUAGAAAAGAAAGUGGAAGAAAGAUCAACUACAUCAUUAGACUCAGUGGAUUGUUUUCAUGGUUUUAUUACAGAAGAAGAAGUAGAAUAUCGAUUACGAAAAUGUAAAAUUGAUGGUGCAUUGAUUUUACAUGCUGAACCAAAUUCUAUCACACCGAAAUUUCGUCUUUCUUGGCUUCCAACAUCCAAUAAUUCGGUGGUUCAUUACUCCAUUGAUCGAAUUUGUAGUGAAUAUUUUCUGUUUGGAAAAUCCUUCACAACAUUAUCUGGUCUCAUUCAGUCAUUUAUAGAUGAAUCAAAAACAGCAGUGCUACCACUUCAACCACCGUCGCCGGUAAAAUUAGUUAAUCGUCAGAGGAUAGCCGUACUGCCGUUUCGUGCGAUGCCAGAUACAGACGAAAUAAGCUUUUGUGAGGGUGAUAUGUUAACGGAAAUCCAACGAGUGGACAAUGAGUGGGCAUGGGCGAGACUGGAGAAAAAUGGAAAAUCCGGACUUGUCGCUGUGCAGCUCACCGUUCCAUUAAAUGACAAAAGUGUGAAACCCGAAGAAUUGCCAUAUUUUCAUGAUGAACCAAUGAAUGUGCUUACACAACGGCUAACACAGUGUGGUAAUGGUUGUUAUCUUUUACGGCAUUCCAUUAUGCAGUCAAAUUCAUACACGCUUAUGGUAAAUACUGGUACACAUAUUGAAAAAUUUCAAAUAAAACGAACAUCAGAUGGUAAUUUCGAAAUCGGUGGGCGAAUUUUCGCGACGAUUCCAGAAAUUAUUGAAAGGUACAGUGAGAAGGAAAUCAGCGAAGGAUCUCAUCUGAUGCGUGCGGUGUUAGCAAAUGCAUUUGACAGAGAUCUGUCGGGAAAAAAUGCGGAUAGGAAAUUGCAGAGCUUAACCACCAACAAUUUUUGUCCACAGACUGUUCUGGCAUAUCGACGGUGCAAAGAAGAUAAGUGGAAGCGUUGUUAUGUAACACUUAGUGAUUCGAAUGGCUCACAACUCUACGUUUUAGAUUAUGAAAAGAGGACAAAGCCAAAAGUAGUUCUGGAUCUUGGUUUUUGCUUUGUUUAUAAAAUACCAGAAGGAUCAUUCGAUAGAGCAAACUGUUUGCUGGUUGCUUCAAAUGGUCUGGAUAUUUAUCCAUCAGUUCAUUUAUCAUUUCAAAACGAAGGCACUUAUCUAAAUUGGCUCAAUGAAUUACGACUACGAUGUUUCGGUUGUCGAUAUUCACCAUCACCAUUUGCUGUAAUCCCUGCCAUACAGGAUUAUUUUAUUCGCUCAACAACUGUUAUUUGUUUAACUUUAACAAGUUUCAGGGGUAGUUAUUUUAAACCCGAUACCUCAUACAGUGCGAUGGUAGCAAUCAAUGGAAUUUUUUUAACUAAAACUCAACAAGUGAUGCCUGUAAAAAAUACCAUUAUAUUCAACAGGUCUUUUCUACUACAGUAUAUUCCUCCUGGGCCAUGUUCAUUGAAACUUGUGCUUUGUUCGCACAACCCUUCAUCGACAAAGACGCGUAAUGUUGUAUUCAGUGAUUAUUUGCAGAAAGAUAUAUCACCACUGUAUGUACUAGCAGACGACGGCAAAGAGCUUUGCGUGGAAGAUAAUUUUGAAGGAUUUGUGUUUCGUGCGGUACGUCAUCGUAUCGUUUUAUUACCCGAAGAACAAUAUGCAUCAUUUUUUGUGUUGCUCACUACGCGAUCAUUUAUUUUAUCCACUUGGGUUGGCUCCGUCUUGGAUAUCUUUAAUCGAAAUUACUUUGCUCGUUUGUUACUCUCUGUCCUAUUGCCAAAUUACGAAUUAUUGACGUCAUUUGUUGAAGUUAUCAUCAGGGAGCAAAUUAAGCGUGAAACUGAAGUAACACUUUUCCGGUGUGAUUCAUUUUGUACUUGCUGUAUUUCAACAGUCCUACGCAUGACUGGUAAAGAUCUGGUUACGGAGGAGUUAGCUAAUUUGCUAACUGGAGGGCCACCAAAGCACGAAUUGGAAAUCAUGAAUGCCCUGAAGAGUUUAUCUGAGCAUCUACCUCUUCUUUUCCGCGCCAUUCUGUCACAUAUCAUAAAAACAGCAAAAGCUUAUUUCAAUGAUUCUAAAUAUAUUGCACGUCGAGUUGCCAGUGUAUUCUUCAUUCUGCGCUUCGUGAACCCGAUUUUAACACUCAAUUGCGGUGGCUUGGUUGAACAGUCUCGCCAGUUGCCGAAAACAAUUCAGUCAUUAGCUAAUCAGGCUUCCUCACCUGAUUACUGCCCGGAAAAAGGUACCCGUAGUGUUCGCUUAAUGGCAGACCUGCUUGAUGCCGUUGCAUUAUCACCUUCGAAGGUGGAAUCAUCGGAAAAUCCAUUUUGCGGCUAUAGUAAAAUCGAUCAGUUAGCUCUGCUCGCAUUUCAAGUAGAGCAAGUGCUGGAACAGCAAGGCUCUGAUAGUUGUCCUCUUCCGGAAGCUUAUGCGGUUAUCAGUUUAUUAAAAAAACAUGCAGAGAAGUACCUCUCUUGUUAAUUUUUAACUUAAACCUCUCUUUAGGUCGGAAACAGUUUUUCGUUUUUGGGUAACUUACAAACUUAUGAUAUCACUAUCCCAAAAAUAUUUCAC